AUGACAGUUAUCCUGGAAACCAACAAAAACUUGCCGACUGAACAUGGUUACGAUACCCGUGCUAAGUCAAAAAUUAUGGAUCAAAGGUUGGAAAAGCUAGAACGACUUCAAAAGGAAAUGCAAGACCAGUUGCAGACGCAAAUGAAAGAACAAAUGGAAAAAAUUCAGCAUGACAUGGCACAAAAGAUGCAGGAGUCUCAAAAUGAUCUGAUAACUAAGAUGACGCAAUUAUUAAAGGGAGUAGAUAAGGGGAAAGGUCCCGUGAUUAUUAAUGAAGAAGAAAACAAUGGUGAACCACUUUAUCCUCCAGGUUUCACGCCUCCACAUGCGCAAGUUCAAACUGAGUCGCAUCCGCGAAGACCCUCUGUGUUGGUUAGGCCUCAGCAGUUCCAAGGUGAUACCUCAAUACCGAUGAAUUUUCAACUCGGAGCGGGCUCUAAUCCCGGUGAUAGCUCGAAUAAUAUUGCUAUCCCAGAUCUUGAUGAGAUGGCUGAAAAGGACAAGGCGAAAGAGGAACUUCCAAAGCAAUUUGAAGAGAAAUGGAAAUGUAUAGAAGAGAAGUUUAGGGCAAUAGAAAGCAUCGAAAGCUAUCAUGGAAUAGAUGCAAAAGAUCUGAGCUUGGUUCCGGACUUGGUGCUACCUUACAAAUUUAGAAUGCCGGAAUUCGAGAAAUAUAACGGGACCAGUUGCCCAGAAGCCCACAUUACUAUAUUUUGCAGAAGAAUGACGGGGUAUAUUAAUAAUGAUCAAUUAUUAAUACAUUGCUUUCAAGAAAGUCUUACAGGAGCGGCGUCAAACUGGUACAAUCAGCUGAGCCGAACCAAAAUUGCUACUUGGAGGGAUUUAGCACAGGCUUUCAUGAGACAGUACAAUCAUGACUCGAAAAUGAUGCCUGACAGGAUAACUCUGCAGAAUUUAGAGAAGAAAUCGAACGAAAACUUCAGACAGUAUGCGCAAAGGUGGAGAGAGGUGGUAGUUUAG